AUGAUAACCACCGAUCAAGAAACCACAUUUACAAGUGCGAAGGUCAGGGCCUUUACGGCUCAGUAUGGGAUCCAACUACUUCACUUCUCCCCUUAUUAUCUUCAGGCUAACGGAAAAGCCAAAAUGACAAACAAAGUUUUGAUUUCUAUUAUCAAGAGGGCGUUGGAGGACAAUCCGAGAGGUUGGCACGAUACUUUGGAGGAGGCACUAUGGACAUAUAGGAAUGUUAAAUCCUUUAUAAUCGGCAGCAUCCCUUACAGGCUGACCUACGGCCAUGACGAUGUGCUUCCGUUAGAGAUUAUAGUGUCUUCUCUCCAAAUUUUGGAAGAUGAACCAGCUGCCGAUGGAAGAGCAGGACCAGACUUUCUCCAGGAGCUCGACGCUUUGCCCGAAGAGAGACUGCAAGCUCUUGAACGCAUUCAACAUAAAAAAAAUGAAGGCUGA